AUGUCAUCCAACGAUCAUCCGGAGACUGGGUCCAACCAGAAUGACUUCCACGAGUCCCCGGCUGCCACUUCUCCGCAGGAGCCCCAACCGCAACAGACCAAUGCAUCAGAAUCAACAACCGCCCACCCCACCGAAACAACGACGGCAACUGAAUCCACAUCAGCACCCCUCGCAUCAGACAAUGCCCAGUCAGCCGAUGCGGCUAUCGCGACCCACACCGCAGGUGGCGAGAGCGUCACCCCUGUGACAGCCAUGACAAGCAGUUUAACAACACCAGCGAACGAGGCUGCGACUACGAUCGCGCAGCCACAGGAUCCUGCAUCGCCGCCUAUGAAUACCGAAGAGCCGAAGCAGGCCGUGGAAGUUUCGUCAGAGCAGUCGGACGAAGCUGAAGGGAAAGAGGAGGAUGCAGGGCCUUCGCUGGAUAUCACGUUGUUAUUGACAACAGGAUCGCGUCACCCCUUCACGAUCAAUGGGAAAUACCUGCGGAAGCGAUCGGUCAGUGUAGAGAACAACGAUCCAUUUACGAUGAGCGUAUACACUUUGAAGGAGUUGAUCUGGCGCGAGUGGCGAGCUGACUGGGAAGCCCGUCCGUCCUCCCCAAGCUCAAUUAGAUUGAUCUCAUUUGGCAAAUUGUUGGACGACAAGUCACCUCUAUCUGAAUCAAAAUUCAACCAUGACGCUCCGAACGUCGUACAUAUGACUGUAAAGCCACAGGAGGUAGUGGACGAGGAAGACGCAAAGGGCGCAAAGGCCCAGUAUGACCGGGAGGGCGAGAACAAUGAGCGCAGCCCCGGAUGUCGCUGUGUGAUCAUGUAA